CCAAUUAAUUUUUGUUUACUUUGGCCUUCAACGCUUUUCCACGCUUUGUUUGUUAGUUUUUUGUUUUUUGCAUUGUUUAUUUUAUAUACAAAGAUUGCUAAAAAUGGACAAACAAGAAGAUUUGGAAAUAAACAAAGAAUGUACAAUGGAAAUCUAUGGAAAAGAUGAAAUUUUAUUUGCCAUUGAAGAGAAAAAUUUGGAAAAAUUAAAGAAAAUAUUCGCCUAUUUUGAAAAUAAUAAACAAAAUUUAAUUAGUAUUAUUCAAUGUAAACAUGAAUUUAAUUAUUAUGAUAAUUGUAUUCUUCUCAUGGCAUUGAAAACAAAUAAUGAAAAUAUUCUCGAUUUAUUUCUAAAUAAAAAAUUGUGCGAUAAUGAUAAAAAUAUUCAAGAUUUUCUCAUACACAAAACAAUUGAAUUAAAUAAUAUAAAAAUGUUAAAUAAAUUGAUUGAACGUGGAUUUCUUGAUUAUAAAAUAUGUAAUUGUAAACAUCAAUUAUCGCCACUGUUGGAAUUAAUUUCAAUGAAACGUUUAAAUUGGAUUAAACGAUUUUACGAAGCUGGAGUUUCAUUUCAAGAGAAAACAAACGAAAAUCUACCAUUAUUACAUUUUGCCCUAAAACAAAGGGAUAUUGAUAAAGAAUUUAUUAAACGUUUAAUAUCAUAUGGCGCUGAAUUAUCGAUAAAAGAUUCAAAUACUGAUAUGACACCACUUCAUUAUUUAAUAAGUAAUAAUGUUUUAAUAUCAAAUCGACAGAAAGUGAAAUUUAUUAAAAUAUUAUUAAAAUUUGGUGCAAAUCCAAAUUGUUGGUCAGAGUUAAAAAAAGAAUUUAUUCUCUAUACUGCACUUGAAAUGAAUAAUCAUUAUGCAAUAAAACUUUUAUUAAUGUACGGCGCAAAUGUUAAUUGUAUUGAAAUAAUAAGUCAAAAUGUUAUUGAUGAGGUGAAAAAUAAUUAUUCACUAAAUUCAUCAUCAUUAAUGUGUAAUUUAUAUUUUUUACAAUUAGAAAGUAAAAAUUUAUUAGAUAAUAAUGAAAAUAUUGAUGAAAGACUAGUAAAAUUAUUAGAAAUUCUACAAGUUAAUAAAAUGUUGACGGAAAUUUUAAAAUGUCGAAAAAUUUAUAAUAUUGAUCCAUGGACAAUUUUAACGGCUAAUGAAAAUAAAUUGACAAAUUUAAUGAAAAAUUCUGAGAUAUGGACAAUAUUAAUUCUUCAUAUGCCAUUAUUUGCAAGAUGGUAUUCGAUAUUUAAAUUUUUAGUGAAAAAAGGCAAGGAGAGAGAAAUUUUAUUAAAUAAAUGUCGUAUACCAUUUGUAUGUGCAUUAAAGGGAAAAUUAAAUUUUUAUAUUGUUAGUGAAAUAUUAAAUUAUUUGGGAAGAACUGAUUUACGUUGUUUAUAUACAGCAUGUUGUCCCAAUAGUUGUAUGGAGAGAUUAGUACCAAAAUUAUAUAGAUUAGUCUAUAGUAAUAGUCAAAUUCAUAAUGAUAUUCGUAAAAUAUGCUUACCAAAUAUUUUAGAUGUACUUUAAUUGAAAUUUUUUAUUUGCGCUAGGAUUUAUUUUAAAAAUUUUUGACACAAUUUUUUUUCAAUUUUCGAUACAAAAAUUUGACGUGUAAAUAAAUAUUUAUGCCAAUUAA